AUGUCGUUGAAGAGGAAGAGGACAGAUUUGUCUCUUGCAGACAAAUAUGAGGCUGUGAAAUUACUGAAGAAAAAUGUACCGCAAACAGAAAUUGCUAAGAGACUUGGUUGUUCCCAGCCCCAGAUCAGCACAAUAUCGAAAAAUCGAGAUGCAAUUCAAGCUGAGUAUGAAGGAUGCUCAAAUCCUGAGCGAAAGAGACAAAGGUCCGGGAAAGCCCCUACGGUGGAAAGCGCAUUGACGGAAUGGUUUACCGCAGCAAGAUCAAGAGACAUACCCAUUUCUAGCAAUAUUCUUCAAGAAAAGGCCGUAGAUUUGGCAUCCCAAAUGAACAUCAACGACUUCAACGCCACAAGCGGUUGGCUAUCUCGGUGGAAACAACGCAAUAACAUCGGAUUUAAGAAAAUGCACGGCGAGAAGAAGGACGCAGACCAGGAAGCUGUCAAUCACUGGAUUGACAACAUACUUCCGAAUCUAUUAGAAACAUACAGUCCCGACAACAUUUUUAACGCUGACGAAACUGGAAUCUAUUACAGAGCGCUACCGGACGGCACGCUGACCUUCAAGACGGACGCGAUAGCUGGAUCUAAAAAGGCCAAGGACAGAGUUACAGCUAUGGUUUGUGUGAAUGUGAGUGGCAGUGACAAACAGCGCCUUUUGGUAAUCAGAAAGAGCCGAGAUCCAAGAUGUUUCCGAGGGAAGAAGAGUCUACCCGUCGUAUAUCGAUCAUCAGCAAACGCCUGGAUGACAAGUGAUAUUUUCCGGGAAUGGCUGAAAGAUUUUAACAAACAAAUGGUGCGUCAAAAUAGGAAAGUUCUCCUCCUCGUGGAUAAUUGCUCAGCCCAUCCUAAGGACGCCGCAGAUAGACUUUCAAAUGUGAAACUGGAAUUUCUGCCGGCCAAUACUACAUCCGUGAUUCAGCCUUGUGACCAAGGAAUUAUUAAAAACUUGAAGACCCUCUACAGAUCACAAGUGGAAACUGUGGCUGAAGAAGAGGAAGAAAUAGACAUACCAGAAGGCUUCAACAGGGAGGAGUUCUUAAAUUACGUGGACAGUGACACAGAUCUGGCAUGCCACCGGCUACCAACAGAUGAAGAUAUCUGUGCCCAGUUCAUGAAUGAAGAGAAAAGCAGAGACCUUGAGAUAGACAGCGAAGAAGAAGAUGAGAUUCAACUGCCUGUGUCAUCAUCUGAGGCAAAAGACGCAUUAAGUGUGUUACGGCGCUAUUUAGAGGACAAUGGUUGUGAGGACUUUAAUGAUUUAUAUUCCUUGGAGGAAAAAUGUGACUCACUGGCCACUCGACUGAAAAAGCAGAAGAAAAUCACAGAGUUCAUUAACUGGAUUCCAUGA